UAUCCGUCCCAGCACUGCGGAGGCCACCAGCAGCACCCCUGCAGGAGGAGGCGUUGUCGUAGCAGCAGCCGCAGCAGUAGCAGCAUUGGUGUGAACAGCAGGAGGAGGAGGGUCCCCGGAGGAGGCCCGCCGCCGGCCACAUGAACCACCCGCCUGGACGCCCGCCGCCCCGCCUCGGAGAAAAGGUCAAGCAUAUCAUCGCCGCCAGGAUGCUCUGCUGCGGACGCAAAAAGGAGAACCACGAGGGUGACCUGGUGGUGUGCGUCGAAGGCGGCAGCGAGACGUGGGGUCCCCGGGUGGGGGCGGUCAGACCCCGGCUGGCGCCGGGAGCCCCCGCUCCCGAAAUGGUUCUGCAGGGGGACUUCCGAAAGGUGAGCGGCAUCUCGAGCGAGGUGUUCCGCCAGAUCGAGGCCGUCGAGCGGGAGUACGACGCCACCACGGCGGCCCACCUGGAGGCCGUGCAGAAGCGCGGCGAGAUGGUGGUGCGCGUGCUCGACCCGCGCUGCCUGGGCCGCGCCGGGGCGCAGGCGGCGCGGCGCUACGCGCAGGGCGGCACCGCCUUCGUCGAGAUCGUCAAGCGGCCCGGGCAGACGCUCGGGCUGUACAUCCGCGAGGGAGACGGAGUGCGCACGCAGGAAGGGGUGUUCAUCUCUCGCAUCGCCCUGGAGAGCGCGGUGUACCACUCGGGUCUCCUGCGGGUGGGCGACGAGAUCCUUGCCGUGAACCUGGUGGACGUGCGCAACAUGAGCCUGGACGACGUGGUGAUCAUCAUGUCCAUACCGCGCCGCCUGGUGCUCGCCGUGCGCUCCAAGGGCGCCGGCGGUCCCGGAGGACGCUCGGGGGCGCUGCCUCCCGUGCCGGCCAUGGCAGCCGAGAGGCAGCGGCCGCCCGUCGUCAUCGUCAAGAGGGGCGUCCAGGAAGCCGAGGACGACCUCCACAGCGAGAAUGGCAUGGGCGGCGGGGGUGGCCUGAUGGAGAACCCUUACUACAGCAGCACGGUGCCGGUGCGGAGGCAACCUCAGCCCCCGCACCGCUACCCCAAGACCCUCGAGAGCCUGGCAGAACAGGUGCACGCCUUCCGGGACAGCCCGCACAUGGAGCGCUCAUCGGCGGCCAGGAAUAGGUACUGGGACGAACACGACCGAGGCAUGUCGUCGCGGCGGCUUCUGCGCACCGAGAGCGAGCAGCGGCUGAUGCAGCCCGAGAUGAUGAUGCAGGGCCCGCACGCGGGCCGCUAUUACUCGCUCAGGCCUUCGGCCACGGGCGGUGGCAUGGUCUCCCUGCACCACGCGGCGCACCACCAACAGCAGCAUCAUCAUCAGCAGCAGCAGAUGGCGCCCGGGGGCAUCCUGCGGCGCCGGUCGCUCAUGGAGAGUUGCUCGGACACCGAGGUCCAGUCCGGCAGGAGACCGCCUUCGGCCAUGGGCGGGGCCUCCUACAUGGCAGCCCCAACACACGGGCAACACCCGCGCACGCUGACAGGGCGCUCCAACUCCCUGCCUCGCGGCGUGGCACUCGGGGUGCUGGACCCGCGUCGGGCGCUGCGUCACGGUGUGCGAUUCGAGCGCGCCGCCUACGACUCGCAAGAGGACAGCGACGGAGCCCUCUCAGCGCCGGAGCUGCCUUCGGGGAGGCCUCGCAGGCCCAAGGUGUCGGCCAGCGGUCCCCUGGCGGGUCCCAUGAUGAGCGGCGGGGGCACGCUGCCUGGCGUUUUCUCAUCGUCCGAGUACCGGGCCUGGAUGCGCCGCGCGCCGUCCACGUCGGCACUGUACGAGCGCGUGGGACGCCUGUCCUCCGCGGCUUCUUCCACCGGCCUCGGCGGCAGGGCGGGGGGUGGAUCCCUGCUGCACCAGCAGCACCCGCAGCUGUCGUCGUCGUCUUCCGGCACGUCAUCGCUGAGGCGGCCCCUGCCCCGGGUCGCCCACAGCGCCGAGAGCCUGCUGGACUCGCUCAGACAGGAGCAGCAACAGCUACAGCUCCAGCAGCAGCGCAGCAGCCUCCUGUCGGGCCUGCCGGCCUGGGGCUCGAGCAGCCUAGACCUGGGCUCGAGCGCCGGAGGCGGCGGCAGCCUGCGGCCCAUGGGACGCUCUUCGUCGCUGCUUUUUCCGCGGCCGCUGCGGCUGCCGCACGCCCUGAGCCUCGACUACGUGCGCGCCGAGGAUCGAGCCCUGUGUCUCAACCCCAGAGAGUUCCUCAAGUACAGGCCCGAGAAGGAGAGCGAGUCCGUGCUGGCGGGGGCCUUCAGCGGGCUGCUGUGGCUCCACCUGCUUGGCGCCCGCGGACUCAGAGGACAUGGGCCCCGAGACCUGUACUGCGUCAUCGAGACGGACCGGGCCCACAAGGCACGCACCGUCGUUCGCUCGGGCGACCACUCCUUCGACUGGGACGAGGUGUUCGAGCUGGACCUGGUGGACAACACGACGGUGUCGUUUCUGCUCUACAGCUGGGACCCGCAGUCCCGCCACAAGCUCUGCUACAAGGGCACCGUGCACCUGCUGUCGGCGCUGCGCGAGGCGCCCGCGCACAGCCUCGCCCUGCGCCUGGAACCGCGCGGGGCGCUCUACCUGAAGAUGCGCUACCGCGAUCCGCGACACACGUUCCAGCGGACGCCCAACUACAGCGGCGGCGGCGUGUUCGGCGCGCCGCUCGACGCGCUCGUCGCGCGGGAGAAGGGCACCGUGCCGCUCAUCGUGCACCGCUGCGUGCAGCAGGUGGAGAAUCGCGGCCUGGACAUCGUGGGCAUCUACCGUCUGUGCGGGUCCGCCGUGCGCAAGCGAAUGCUUCGCGAAGCCAUCGAGCGUAGCUGCUCAGCCAGCGGACCCCACUGGAAAGUGGACCUCUCCGCGGAGCACGUGCCCGACAUCAAUGUCGUCACCAGUCUUUUGAAGGACUACCUUCGCGAGCUUCCCGAGCCUUUGUUCACCAAGGGCCUGUUCGACAUGCUCGUAGACGGGCUGAGCGUUUGCCUGCCAGACGACCCCGAGGGCAACGCCAAGCUCAUGUUCAGCAUACUCGACUGCCUGCCCAAGGUCAACCGGUGCACCGCCCUGUUCCUGCUGGACCACCUGAAGCUGGUGAGCAGCCGGAGCGAUCGCAACAAGAUGACGUCACGCGCCCUGGCCGAGUGCUUCGGCCCCGUGUGCGUGUGCCACGCCGAGACGGGGUUCCCCGUCUCCGACCUGCGUCGCCCCAUCGAGGUCUUCGCCUACCUGCUCGACAUCUGGCCGCUCAACAGGGCCGCGUUCGUGGCCGCCAGCGGCAGCGACCUGCGCCCCUCCCUGGGCGCCAGCAUCGCCGCGGGCAGCGGCCUGGGCGGAGGCUCGUCGCUUGGGGGCAGCACCUACCUGACCAGCUCGUCGUCGUCGUCGCACAUGGGCGGAUCGCUGGGCGGCGCUUCCAGUGGCCUCUACUCCACGGCUGGCAUCUACACCAGCGGCGUGCAUACUGCGGGCUCCGGCAACUACAGCAGCCGCACGAGCGAGCUCGGGGGCGGUGGCGGCGGCGGCGGCAGCUACACGAGCUCGGCAUUGAGCAACACGUACUCAAGCUCCGGCGGGAUCGGAAUCUCGGUGCCCAUAACCACAGUGCCGGGCCUGUCAUCGCUGGGCGCGUCCGACAAGCUGACGACCACCGUCACCGCUCCAUCUUCUUCGUCGUCGCCGCCUCGCGAUUCGACGUCCAUCACCACCACCGCAUCGUCCACGAUGACCAGAGAGCGGCCCGAGCCCCGAGAGCGGUCCGAGCACCGCGAGCGGUCCGAGCACCGCGAGCGGUCCGAGCACAGGGAGCGGUCUGAGCACAGGGAGCGGUCUGAGCACAGGGAGCGGCCCGAGCCUCGGGAGCGCUCCAUCUUGGCUGACGCCAGCAGCACGCUCGAGAGAGGAGCGAGCGGGCACCUCCUCAAUUCGACGAGGGACAGGGUUUGUGACGUCACGGGCGGUGCCAACCCGUCGGCGAGAGCCACGGGCUUCGGCGGAGCCAACGGCAUCGGAAAUGCCUCCGGGAUCGUCGGAGUGAACGGCGGUGGCGGCGCCGGGGCGAACGGAGCGGGAGCGAACGGAGGUUUGGGUUCGUCGAUCUCCUCCGUCGCAGCGCAGGGCUCGGAGUCGAGGCCCGGCGACGCGUCGUCGGCGGCUGACAGCAAGCCGUGGCCUAGCCAGAGAUCAUCACUGCCAGAAUCUGCCUGUUGAUCCCGUGCCAUUGUUUCGGUUUUAUUCCCUUCACCUACGUUCUUUGUUUCAUCCGCGUCUCGCGCUCCAGCCGUCGUGUGCGGACCGCGUGACACACCGGGAACGGACCGACAGCAGUCGCGGUGCGAUUCCCCGUGCGAGCAGGGAUGGCGUUAGAGCUGUGUCACGCCCUCUCUGUAAUCCUGUUUCGCGCUCUCCUGGUCGUCGUUGUGGCAUCUCGUCGACUCGUGCAUCGUUUCCUCCUCCCACGGGACGAGCUGUCCUGUUCUGAUUUCCGCAUUAGAGCGGUUUGUUUUGUUCUCUUUGACCUCGAUGAGAGUCUACGCGCACAGGAAGCGCACUACGGGCCAUGGUGUCUAAAAAAAAAAAAAGGCCGCACUGGCGAAAGUAUAAAAGAUUUCCCUCUCAGCACCAGAGGGCGUCGCGAGUAAGGUCCCUACCUUAGUCGCGCCAUACGCCUAGCGCCACCUGUCGUGAGGAAGUGGAAGCAUGUCGGUCCGGGCACGCGACUGACGAUGCCUGCCGGUCGUUUGCAAUUCGUUAGGUCUGGCGGCGGCCUGAGACGAGUUCGCAAUACCGGAUGGUGAUGACGUGGCAAUGACGCAACCGCGGGUAUCGCCGCUACGCUAUUCGCUGGACUCGUAUGAGACAUCCCCGUGGCACGGCCUGAUCCGCAAUAUUAGAGAGUUUUUUUAGAUCAGGGGACGCAAGCGGCUUGCGUCCCCUGAUCUAAAGUUCUCUAUUGACUAGCAUGCUCUGCAGCGCGCUAUGGUUAGGCGCGACAUUUGUUUCUCCAACGUUUACCGCUUUUUGUGAGACAUCAGGGAAGAUAACGUUUCUUUUUUCAGCCUCGCAAUCAGAAUGGGAAGCCGUGUUUUCACUGCAGCCUUACGGAUGUAUGGUUUCGUUUUUAGCAGGUGACUUUACACCCUGCACGAGACUUUCGACAACAGAAGGAAAGGCAGACGGCACUGCCUCACGUGUUCACUUUCUUUCCUGGCUCCUUGCAGAACUGCAUUAUUACAAGCGUACUAAAGAGACGGGGCAAAGAGAAGAAAUAGGGGAGAAAAAAAAAGACGGCGGCAAUGUUCCCGUGCUGGUUUUUUUGGAAGCUUCAAUCUCGGUAUCACUGGCACCCUAACACCCCCUUGUGGUUAGAACGUUUUUCUUCGAAGCAGCCACAGUCUCAUGUGUAGUGCGAGAUGCAUCGAUCCAUUUUAAAGAUGAGGUGCGCCUCAAUAAAUAUUACUGAUCCCUUUUCCGCGGGCUAGCCAAAAAUCGCAGGCGCUGCAACACGUCUUUACUGAGACUGUAGUAUGCUUUGCGUCGAUAUACGAAUGCUUCACCGCAUCCCAUCAGCUCCGCAAGCUGUAAAACACGGGGUUCGAAAUACAAAGUAUAAAAAAAGAAGAAAGAAAUCAAGAACUAGCCAGCAGCUUAGUAGGAAAGUUUCGUUCGGGUUCUCCAAAUAUACAUAUGAUCCACAGAAAUUCUGUCAAUUAUCUGUGAACUUAUUUGAAUAUAUAAGUUCCACCCGUCUUUCGUGUUGCGUCUUUUCCGGCUUAUCAAGCCUUGUCUCACAGGAAGAGCGUUUUUCUUUUGUAUUGUAGAACCGCGUUUUACUAAUAAAGCUAAGCCUAUACUUUCGCUUUAGACUCCCUUUAACUUCACCCGCCUCAUUUUGUGUCGCUGUGACAGUCGUUCUCAGCGCCAUGCUUUACGAAACACCGCUACAACGAUAAAAGAACCGCAUCACUGGGGUUAAGUCUGUGUCCGGCCUACCCAUACCCAGACAGUGCGCUGAUUAGAACCAACGACUACUUCACGCGUACGCUGUAGUUUUACGCAUCCGAAGCGACCAGAUAAGCUGCGCGUUGUGCCGGACCGUGAUGACACGGGCGGAGACGUUACGUAACACGAGCUUCAUUUCACGCGAGACGCCGGGCCACGUUUGUGUUCGCUUUUUUUUUUUCUUGUUUCUUCUUGAAGGAGUCGCGGAUGAUCAGCAGACCGGAGAGCCUUAUGUGUACGACGGACACUGUACCGUACUGACCAUGCACUUCUGCUGCGUGACAGAAGUGGACGUAAAAGGAACGCGAGAUGGAACCUCGCUGCCGGCAAUAGUACGGUGCAGUGGCUCUUGCUGCGUCAGCGAUGCAGCCACCGACGUCGCGCCUCGCCUAUUUCAGUCUCAAAGUGCGGAAACGUUUGUACCUUCAUUUCGAAUGGCGUGUGAGCUGCGCCGGGUUUCGUUGGUAGAUCCCGAUGGUUGAUUGCCGUUUUGAACGAAUGUUUUCGGGCCACGUCCGGAGGACGAUUUCUGUAUAGAACACAUGUGAGUGGCGCCAUGUUUGCGGAUGUUCCCUUCGUUUUUUUUUUCUCUUCGUUUAUUUCAAGUGCGUACAACGGUUGUGACAUUUUAUCUUGUGAAUGAGUCUGUCGUACGAUGCACUGUAGCACGUUCAAUCACCCUUGUUUCUCGUCUAUGUGUACGGUCUCUUCGAUCAACAAUAGCCUCUCUACUGUAUAUUGCUGAAGUGUGAGGCACUGCCCUCGACUCUGUGAAAUCGCUGCGCUGUAUGCAAUGCCGUGACGUAACACUUAGACCACGGCCAGACGACCGGCAGCCCGGACUUCUGCAUUGCCGUAUUUGCAUUCGCUUUUGCAGAGCGGUUGGUUCCUUGCGUCUGUCGAACAACAACUUCGUUCAACGUGUUAAGCAGAAGAAAAAACAACUGUUCAAACUGUCUCCUUGCUCUAAGCAGAGGGUAGACUCAUCAAUUGGAAAGGGUAUGCUCUUGCGAGAGUUGUUUAUUCUUCAACGGAAAGACAUGCCGUAGCACCGAACGUAGCUUAGAUGUUUUCCACAGUUUCAGACGCUGGUUUAAGUUUCGUGAAGGCCGCUAUACAGUCUUUCGUAAUUGGUACACACGCACGCAGUUGCGUACGAACUCACUUAGGGGUAAAAAAAAAAAAAAAAACUGGCGCUGCAGUCGCUCGAGCACCGUGGGAAUUAUGGGAAACAUGGGCUUCAGUAAGGCAUUUUUUUUUUCACUCGCGCGUUGUACUUCGGAUACGAUUCUUCAGUCUUGUAUCUACGAUUUAUUUCGCUUUUCAUAUUCUGGUCGUUUAGUGUUCUUCGCACGAGGUUUACAGACAUUUUGUAUCCAUUGCGAUAUUAUGCACUCUCACAAAGAGGUACCAUACCGACCUGGUGGCGCUGCCAUCGCUAGCGACACACUGCGUGAGCAGAAGAACGCCGUUUCCAGAGAAAAACGGUAUGUUCGUAACUUGGGAGCACUUCAAAGCAUGCCGGCUGUCUGUAGCACCAUCUUUUGUUCAGAAAGUGCGCCUUAAAGCAGUUGCCAACGUAUUCCGAUGAUUUCGCUGCUGAAAGGGUGUCUGCGCGACUGUGGUGGCUUUGUGCGUUCUGCCAUCGACCAAAGCGAUUCAGUGCUUGUACUUCCCAUGACAACCGUGCUGAUCGAAGCGCCACGGCUGAAACUCUCAAACGCACUAGCACCAUAUUUCCCCCUAGGUGAGUUUACUAAAGUCUGGGAACAUGUCUUAGCCUCCGAGAUCGGGCAGCGCAAUGUCACAGCGUCCGUAUUCUGGAAGGCCAUGGGCACAUGCGGGGAACACUCAUCACUGUUCAGCGUGUGAGAAAAGCGAGUAGCUUCGUCCUUUACUUUUGGCGCAUGAUUCUUGAGUUCAUCGACCGGUAAAUUCCUUGCUCGAUAAAUAAGUAACGACAGCCACAGAACAUGAGCGAGGAUUUUUUUUUACUUGUUUUUAUUUUCUUCGCGUUAAGUGAAGGCGGAGAAUCUCAAAACCCUACAGAACGUACGGUCAUAUGUCAAAGCGCCCUAAAUAAUUCACCGCAUUACUUGCUUUUACGAUGCACUUUUGGUUUCGGUACCCAGGAAGCGGACGCGUUAUGACGUCAUGAUACACCGGCUCGCUCUGCCCGUGCAGGCGUUGCGGCUGCCAUGCACAAGCUCAGCAACAGUAAAAAAAAGAAAAAAAAGAAAAGAAAACGUGCGCAGUGCUUUGUUUUCCUGCGAGCAACGUCAUUCAUAACCUAGCUUUAUUGCUACACAAAGUCAAGAAAUUUUGCUCUGUGUCAUGACGCCACAAUAAUGUCCGCGAAGUGAGCUCCGCCAUUUCAAGACCAACUUAAGCGUGAAAUAAAAAAAAUAUCUUAUGUUUUCCAAGGAUUCACACUUGCCAAAUGUAAUCCUUUGACACGCGAAAAGCGUAUGGUACAGCGCUUUUACAAGUUCGAAUAACGUGUGUGAGUACUCCUCUAUUAAAAUGACAGACCGCCUCAACUUGCAGGGUCGAAGAAGCAGCAAUGAGAGAGGCACUCAUUAAAUAUACAUAUACGAUGGCGCAGAAAACCACAAGCCAUACCUCUCUUACCUUACUACCAGCUCUGAUGGUUACUCCGACACUUUCAAUCGCGCAUAGCUUGCACGCCCCCUUCCUGUUUUUUUUUUUUUUUUUUUUUUUGCUCUGAUGCUAUAGUGUUCCUAAUCCGUCUCCACGGUAGCGUACGCUUUUCCACCCGUCAAUCAUUGUUUAUUUUUUCUCCGAGCGGCGGUACUAACCGACCGCCGGGCCACGAGCGGGGCUGCAAUACUAUCUGGCAUUCGAUUUCGCCCAAUACAGUUCGAUCGUUGCCUUGUGAGCUCGCACUGUGGCAACGUCACUCUCUGAGCCAGGCGUGAAAAGGCUCGAGAAACGAUGUUUAUUGACCAUGUGCACCGCGUGUGUAAGGAUAGUGCACGUUUGAUGUAAGGCCCUCUCCUCCGAUUCCCGACUUUCCUAACGCGCUGUUCCCCAGUAGUGAAGAAAAAUCUACCAUAGGCCGUUUCAAACUCGUUCUGCACUAUGUGGUGGGAAACUGUAUGAUUGGGCCUUGCACAGGCAAACGGUCGUCGUGUGAAGAUGGACUAUAUGUACUUAUAAAUGGUUGAUAAACACGUGACACUCUUGUUCGAACUCACUCCUGGCGCCAACGCGCCUGCUAUCUGUUUAAAUAGAAUUGUGCGUACCCCGUUGGUUACUAUGUUCACCGAUCACUGCAGACCUACUCAUGCGCUACACUUCAGGCGACACGAUUUUGCUUCGGUCCACGACUGCUGCGAGUUACCACCCGUCAACAACCUUUCGACGCGUCGCUGAUACACAAACACAGCACACACAUAAAAACAUACGCACGCACGAAAACGCGCGCGCAUCAUUGACAGUCACUCACAACUAUUUCCUACGUCUCUCUCUCUCUCUCUCUCUCACACACAUACGCACAAUCACGCAAAGCCAUGCUCGGGCACGCACAUUUUUUUUUUUAACCAAUGCUUAAAGUUGGCUUUCCCCCAUAAAUACUAUUGCUGCGGCGAAACCAACACCUCUGACGUAGCGUGGUGCGGGCGCUUUCCAGGUGCCACGCACAUUGCACACGCGAUACGUUUUUUUGCCGAUCUUUGCAGAUUCAAGCACCAAUUUCGACAAUUUCGGCCGCGCUCGUCAUUUAAACUUGAACGUAAUUCAGCGUUCGUCAAUCUGCAUUGAGCACGACGGCCUUCUACUUGUGCAAGGUUCUGUCUCUACGACUGACGAGGACACUUCGCACGAAGGCUUCUUCGAAAUCGAAAUAUAUCCCCCACUUUUCGUUGUACGCGAAGUAAAGCGUUGAUCUAGUGGCGUUAGCUGUUGCGAAACUAGGCUUUUAUUUCCGCGAUAGUUGUAUAAAUUGCGUUCUCCGGCAGUGUCUUUUUGUCAAAUUACUUACGUUCGCGAAUAGAACUGUUACAGAAUUAAAAAAAUAAUAAUAAAAAAUACCGGGGAGGGGAAUGUUUUAUACGUAUCCACGUCGCAUUUUUUGCGUGCGUUUCGUGGGAGGUGGUUGGUUGAGCGAAAGUCUUUUUUCACACGUUUUUUUUAAUUGUUUGCUCUCUGUCUGUCUGUCUCUCUAUCUAUCUUUUUUAACAUUUCUUUUUCUCGUGGUGUGAAUGAGUUUGGGGUCGUUGUGUCACUUGAGUAAAAAAAUAAACAAACCAAAAAAAAAAAACGCGAAAGUUCUGCGCGCGGCUUGUGUGAGUAGCGAACGUGUAUUUUUGACGCACUAGACAAGACGUUUUCGACUUGCUGCACUGGAUGUUCGGUGAUGUUUUCUCACUACGUUCGCUCGUAUAUGUUUUGUUAGGUGACUCUGUUUCCCAUACGCUCCUACCUAUUUCCCUCUUGCCCUCCCCCCCAAGGAAAGUUGUUAGAGAUAAUAUAUAAAUAUUAUAUAUAUAUAAUAUAUAUAUAUAAAGACCCCUUUUUUAUUGUGGCAGUGUGAAUUUUUGUAUUCUCGCCGCUGUGCCGUUGAGCGCCUUUGAAAAAAAAAUAAAAGAGGCGUUGGACGGGCGCUUUCAUGCUGUUUUCAGUCCGAGGCAAUGUAUUUCAUGUGCAAUGACGGCGAGUGUGGGCCGCAAGGCUGAAUCGUGUUAUGUAAUUUAUUCACAUUCCUCGAGCGAAUGUUGUUGACGAGUGUAAACACCGACAUAGCGUCGCGUGAGUUCACCACGCGGAAGGCGUCGAAGGGGGCGGCCGGUGAAAGACAAUAACAAAUCUCCAAUCUGGUCCUCUCCGCAACAUUCCUAAUCAUUAGCGUGAAGUGUAUACCUGUUUGACUGAUCGCAAGGAAUAAUAAAUGAGUUUGAAAAUGAC